AUGUUCACUGUAUUGGAUAAUAUCUUUCUGAUGCUGGCAGGAGUGGAAUUCAUAAUCGGAAUGUUAGGGAAUGUGUUCAUGGGGCUGGUAACCUUCUCUGAAUGGGUCAAGAACCAGAAGAUUUCCUUAGCUGACUUCAUCCUUACCUGCUUGGCUAUCUCCAGAAUCACUCAACUGUUGGUUUUAUUGUUUGAAUCAUUUAUGCUGGGACAACCUUCAUGUUUCUAUGCCACUUAUAAACUAGCAAAACCUAUCACUUUGCUUUGGAGAAUGACUAAUCACUUAACCACAUGGUUUGCUACCUGCCUAAGCAUUUUCUACCUCCUUAAGAUAGCUCACUUCUCCCAUUCCCUUUUCCUCUGGCUGAAGUGGAGAAUGAACAGAGUGGUUCUUGUGAUUUUUGUAUUUUCUUUGUUGUUUCUGAUUUUUGACUUUCUAUUGCUAGAAACAUUUAACGAUCUCUUCUUCAAUAUCUGUAAAAUAGAUCAAAGUAAUCUGACUUUAUAUUUAGAUGAAAGAAAAAUUCUUUAUGUUAAAACCCAGAUUCUUCUUAGCUUGACCUAUUUCAUACCUAUUGCUCUGUCUCUGAUUUCGUUGCUCCUUUUAUUUCUGUCCUUGGGAAGACACAGCAGAAAUUUGAAGCUCAACUCCAUGGGCUCAAGAGAUUCCAGUACAGAGGCCCACAAAAGGGCCAUGAAAAUGGUGAUGUCCUUCCUCUUCCUUUUCGUAGUUCAUUGUUUUUUCACACAAUUGACACAUUGGAUAAUUAUGUUUUGUAACAGCAAAUUCACAAAGUUUGUCUUAUUAGCAUUAUAUGUCUUUCCUUCAGGCCACGCAUUUAUUUUGAUUCUGGGAAAUAACAAGCUAAGACAGACAGCCUUGAAGGUACUGUGGCAUCUUAAAAGCUCCUUAAAAAGAGAAAAUCCAUUAGCUUACAGGAUAGACUUUCCAGAGCCUUUUCAAAGCUAG